AAAUCACGUUAAGUAUAUUUUAUUUAAUUAACAUCAAAUGUCGACAGAUAUUAUACAUUUCAUGGAAAAACCCUGCCUUUUUCACUUCCUUGUUUAGAUUUAGACUGUGUAAAAAGAUGGAGGGUAAACGCUCACAGAAGUCGCUAGACAAUGUGGCACAACUUUGUCGGGAUUCAGUAUGGCUAGAAACCGAAGCCGCUGUAAAGACAGAGGCAACAAGUGUAAGAGACAAGCUUCAUCAAGUAAGGGAGAACUAUCGAAAGAUUGUAAAUACACCCAAAGGUCUAAAGGAAAGUAAUAAAUUACUGAUUGAAUGGAAUGAGGGUCUGCUGGCCUUCUGCAAAGCCAACAGGAGGAAAUAUCAUAUGGAAGACAGGACACUGAAGUUGGAUAGGCAGAGACUGGAAGACCAAAGGAUUAUUGGACAAUAUGAAGACGAAGUGGAGAAACUUCGUAAGGAACUGAAAGAGGCAACUGAAGCAAAAGAGCAGGCACUGAAUAGAUUGAGCGAACUUCAGUCCAAUCUUUUGAAAUUUGGAAACCCAGAUAUAACUGAUCUGAGCGACCAGAACCGACCUUCAAAUCUUGGGGAGAAUUUCAGAGAGCUGUAUGACAACGAAUGGACAGAUGCGUUUGAAUUCUUGACGGAGGAGAACGGUGAGACCCGUCGCGAAGAUGAAGAGGCAAUUGAUACGCUAUAUGCAAUGUUGAAGCGUUGCAAUGAGUUAUGUUCUGAAGCGCUUCGGGAGCAGCAUACGUCACUUGCGCAACUGGUGUCUAAUCCUGCGUAUUUUAAGAAGAAAACCGUUCCUAGCCUGCCCCAAUCUAAACCUGCAGUGCCACUGAAGAAAACCGCAAAUGUUACACAAGUAACAGUAAAAUCUCUACAUGAAAAGAAUCCAUUGACUCAGCAAGCCCAAUUUGCCAAAACUUUACCAGCUGGAAGUCUAAGUACUGGUGAUCAAGGAACUGGCCCCCAAGGACAGCUGGACAAACAAGGCAAAAGUACAGAGACAGCUGGUAAUGGAAACAAACAACCUGGUGACCUAAAGUCGGGAAAGAUGUCAGACGUUUAUGAGGUUGAACAAAUGACUAAUGAAACCAAACCAAACGCUGGUGAGACUGAUGGCCCAGUCAUUAGUGCAAAAGUUGAAGUAACAAUCAAAGAGUUCUCCAAAAGCGUAGCAGCUGAAGUUCUCAAACAUGUUGCAAUUUCGGAGAUUUUACCAGCUAUAAGCAAAGACAAACAAUAUCUAGAUGUAUUGCAGAACUCUGGGGUCCAGAAAUACCUCGAGAAGUGUUUCCACUUGUGCUGGUUGAUGCAGACACAAUACCCGCCAAUGUUGAUGGAUUUUGAAACAAAGCCUGGAAUGGCAUUUAACACCAAUGUGUUUGAGACAUACACUAACAGGGGACCUAAAAUCGUCCGCGUUGUCUGGCCCCCGGUUUACUUGCACAAAGAUGGGCCUCUUGUCUGUAAGGGGUAUGCAGAAGGCACAAAACAAUGAAUUUGUCUGUUUCAUACAGAAUUUGAACAAUGCUGACAAAGACGGGAAUAUACUAUAGAGUGUAAUCUAUAAAUCUGAGAAACUCAAAUAAUAUUGUUAUAUACUUUAUUACCGUAGUCUCCCUAAUGUGUGAAAUAUACUGACUUUGUCAGUUCUACAUAACUGUCUGUGUCCGUUUGUCGAUAUGUCACAAAUAUUUAUCUGUCCUUUCGGUGUGAUUCCUUUUGCACAACUGUGCAUGUUGAGUAAAUUAGUGAUUUAAUGAAUAAAUCUGGAUUACUUCUGCUA